CUGAAGGCUGGAGCUAAUGUUAAUAUACAGAAUAAUACAGGUGACACACCACUUCAUAGAUCAGCCACGUGGGGAUCUACAGAGCUGCAGCUGAUGUUAAUGGCACAGAAAAAUACAGGUGACACUCCACUUCAGAUAGCAGCAGGACUGAAGGCUGGAGCUGAUGUUAACGUACAGAAUAAUACAGGUGACACACCACUUCAUAGAGCAGCCAUGUGGGGAUCUACAGAGUGUGUUGAUGUGUUACUGAAGGCUGGAGCUGAUGUUAAUGUACAGAAUAAUACAGGUAACACACCACUUCAUAUAGCAGCAACAGGACGGGGAUCUACAGAGUGUGU